AUGGCCGACAACUCGUCUCGCGUUGCCGUCUGCAGCAACCAGUCCCAGGAGCAGCAGCCUGCUCCCCGUCCUAUCCUCAUGCAGUCGGUCCCCGAGCAUCUCAACUACAGCAUCCAGCGCUUCGCCGACGCGUCCGCCACCAUUCCCGCCGACCACCCCGGCGCUUCUUCGCUCCGCCCCCCUCCCGGCUUCUCCUCUCCCACCCCGACCACCGCCGAGGCAGUGGCGCGCGCGCAGGCCAUCGUCGCGGCCGUUGACGCCGUGUUUCAUACCCACAACGGCACUGGAGGAGCAAAUUGA